UAAAGGCCAGGAUGUAGACACUAAUAGUCCAUAAGUCACUGACCAUUUAUUGAUAUCUGUAUCACAAGGAGGCCAACAUGUCUUCCACAAGCACAUCCUGUUAGGGUGCCGCAAAAGUAGGAAACAGGAAGUGGGGAAGCCAUUGAAGGUGACACACAGGUGAGCUCCAGAAGGCCACAUGCUGCAGAAAACAGGAGGAAUUUUACCACACUCAAAGUCUGCUUUAUGAAUUAUGCUUGGAAAUCCUUCAGCAUCAAAACAUCGUCUCCUGCUGAGGUGCGCUGAAUAAAGAUGGACUCCGGUUUGGAAAUCGGCCAAAGGUGACAUGGAGCUCCUUCGGCGUUGUGUCUGGAGUCGGUCGCUCGCCUGAACCUCAUUGCGACAUCGAUGAACCGACCCGCCCAGCGCAACCAUGUAGCAGCGACAACCUCAUCGAGACAUUCCGACGCAAGCUAGCAUGGAAGUGCAGACCACCUCUCUGGUUUGGAUUUACGUCAACGGUACCGAGGCAGCCAACGCCUCCGAUGAGUACAACGCCACCGAUAUUGCGGAGAAGUACCACUCCUACGUGGUCGGCCUCUUCCUGUCCUGCCUUUACACGAUCCUCCUCUUCCCGAUCGGCUUCAUCGGGAACAUCCUGAUUUUGGUGGUCAACCUGAACCAUCGCGAGAAAAUGACCAUUCCUGAUCUUUACUUCGUCAACUUAGCGGUCGCCGAUCUCAUUCUGGUCGCCGACUCGCUCAUCGAGGUGUUCAACCUGAACGAGAAGUACUACGACUACGCCGUUCUCUGCACCUUCAUGUCGCUUUUCCUGCAAGUCAACAUGUACAGCAGCAUCUUCUUCCUCACGUGGAUGAGCUUCGACCGCUACGUGGCGUUGGCUAGCUCGGUCAGCUGCAGCGCGUUGAGAACCAUGCAGCACGCUAAACUAAGCUGCGGCCUCAUCUGGAUGGCGUCCAUCUUGGCUACGUUACUGCCUUUCACCAUCGUGCAAACGCAGCAUCGCGGAGAGUUGCACUUCUGCUUCGCUAACGUCUUGGAGAUCCAAUGGCUGGAGGUGACUAUCGGUUUCCUGGUGCCGUUCUCCGUCAUCGGGUUGUGCUACUCCCUGAUCGGACGAAUCCUAAUGAGGGCUCAGAAGCACCGCGGACUGUGGCCGCGUCGGCAGAAAGCGUUACGUAUGAUCGUGGUGGUCGUGAUGGUCUUCUUCAUCUGCUGGCUGCCAGAGAACGUCUUCAUCAGCAUCCAGCUGCUGCAGGGCACCGCCGACCCGGCUCGGAGGACCGCCACCACGCUGUGGCACGACUACCCGCUCACGGGGCACAUCGUCAACCUGGCGGCUUUCUCCAACAGCUGCCUCAAUCCUAUCAUCUACAGCUUCCUGGGGGAGACCUUCAGGGACAAGCUGAGGCUCUUCGUUAAGCAAAAGGCCAGCUGGUCGCCCGUGGAUCGUUUUUGUCACCACGGCCUCAAUUUGGGCCUCAGGACUGAGGUGUCGGAGGUGUGAGGGCAACCCCCCCCAACUUUAAGUCGAUGAGGAACCUGAUCACUUUCUGAACAAAAGUUUAGAGUAGUCAGUGUACAGCUUGUAUAGCAGUAUACAUUAGGGGUGGAAGAAAAUAUAGUUUCAGCGAUACUGUUUCGAUAUUAAAAAUUAGGAUAAAUUAAAAAAAGAAUAAAUAAAAAUAAUUAAAAAAAAAUAAAAAUUUAAACGAGAUUCACGAGUUAAACGUGUCGGUGUCGUGUUUCCCGAAUAAAGUAUUCGGAAAACACGACAAAUCUGCGAGUCCACUUAGCGAGACACCAUGACGACCUGCUGCCGCUAGCAAGCAAUGCCAAGGUCCUUUUGUAUACUACAAAAGUAGUACUGUGAUA